UUUUAAUCAGAACUAUCCCCGUGAAAACAUUACUCCAGAGGAAGAUAUUGCUCAAAUCACAAGAAGUUUUACGUGGCAGUUCAUGUGGAGUGUAGCAGAGCAGUGAUACAGAGCACAACUCAGAACACUUGUAAAGCCUCGAGGUAAAGCAGGGGUGUGACAGAGAGGAAGAGGAGCGACAGGUAACAAGUCAUUCAGCAGCACCUUUAAGGUGUUCCCAUCACAGUUGAGUGGAGUUCAAGUUCCUGCACGUUUAUAACAGAUCUGAAGACUACUGUGGCAGCUAUGACUCAGAGUAACGGGGAGAACCCGCAGAGGACCCGUAGCGGUCUCCACCAGAUCCGAGCCGGGAUCCAGUCCCGAUCACUGCUGGCCAAGAAGAGAGUGGAGAACAUCACGAGGGAUGAUGUGAAAGGAUUCUUCUUAAGAAAUGCCUUUGUGAUCUUUACUGUUGCUGCUGUCAUUAUUGGCAUCAUCCUGGGAUUUGCCCUGCGGCCUUAUAAAAUGUCUUACCGGGAGGUGAAGUUCUUCUCUUUUCCUGGAGAGCUGCUGAUGAGGAUGCUUCAGAUGCUGGUGCUGCCCCUGCUGGUUUCCAGUCUCAUCACAGGUAUGGCCGCUCUGGACAGCCGUGCUUCUGGGAAAAUGGGUAUGAGGGCAGUGGUCUACUACACCACCACUACUGUCAUUGCUGUGUUCAUUGGUAUCGUCAUGGUGCUCAUUAUUCACCCUGGAAAAGGAUCAAAGGAGGAGUUCAAUAAGUCGCAGCAGAUAGAGCAAGUCAGCCCUGCAGAUGCCUUCCUGGACCUUAUCAGAAACAUGUUUCCUCCUAACCUUGUGGAGGCUUGCACCAAACAGUUCAAGACGCAGUAUGCCAAGAGAGUGGUCCAAGUGACGAUGACAGUGAAUGAUACCAUAUUCACAGUGAAUGGGAGCCAGCAGAUGACUCGGGAAGAGAUGAUCCCUGUGCCGGGGGCAGUUAAUGGAGUCAAUGCUCUGGGCCUGGUGGUGUUCUCCAUGUGCUUCGGCCUGAUCAUCGGGAGCAUGAGGGAACAAGGACAGCCCCUCAAGGACUUCUUCGACUCUCUCAAUGAAGCCAUUAUGAGGCUGGUCGCCAUCAUCAUGUGGUAUGCCCCUAUCGGUAUCCUGUUCCUGAUUGCUGGUAAGAUUGUGGAGAUGGAUGACAUCACAUCCAUGGGUGGCCAGCUGGGAAUGUACACAAUAACAGUGAUUUGUGGACUGCUCAUCCACGCCCUCUUUGUUCUGCCGACACUCUACUUCGUCGUCACCAGGAAGAACCCCUUUGUUUUCAUUGCUGGGCUGUUGCAGGCACUCAUCACUGCCCUGGGUACAUCCUCAAGUUCUGCCACAUUGCCCAUCACUUUUAAAUGUCUGGAGGAAAACAACCAUGUGGACAAGCGCGUGACCCGUUUUGUUCUCCCUGUCGGCGCCACCAUAAACAUGGACGGCACAGCUUUAUAUGAAGCCCUGGCUGCCAUCUUUAUCGCUCAGGUCAAUGCAAUGGACCUUAACUUUGGACAGAUUCUCACCAUCAGUAUCACAGCCACAGCAGCCAGUAUUGGAGCAGCUGGAAUCCCUCAGGCAGGACUGGUCACAAUGGUGAUUGUGUUAACGUCUGUAGGCUUGCCCACUGAUGACAUCACACUCAUCAUUGCAGUUGACUGGUUCCUGGACCGAUUGCGCACCAUCACCAAUGUCCUUGGAGACUCCAUCGGUGCAGGUAUAGUGGAACACCUGUCUCGCCACGAGUUGCAGAAAAAGGAUCCUGAGGUGGGCAACUCUGUGGUGGAGGAGGCAGACAAGAAGCCGUACCAGCUCAUCAGCCAGGACAACGAGUAUGAUAACAACAGACCUGCUGACAGCGAGACUAAAAUGUAGAUUUUCGCUGUGGUUGCGUACGCUCUUAGGAAAACCAUUGCACUGCAUUGAACCACGUUCUCAAACAAAGUUAGGGGGUUCAAAGCAAACUGAUCUACAGCUAGAAUAUAUUUCAGCCAAGACGAGUUCAUGUGUGAGGUCUAGUGUGGGCUUUUCUGACACGCUAUAGACUUGAAAAGGUUCCCUGUUGCAUUUUUUUCCUAAGGGUUUGUGCUAGAAUGCUUCCGAAGAGUACAAUGUGUAUCUGCCAUACAGUGGCAGCUGUUUACUAUUAAAACCGAACUAUUCUAGAGCCUGGUGGUCCAUGGCCUGCGUCCCAUAUCCAACUCCUCUCAGAGCUGUGAUGACUAAUCUCACCCACUCAAGGCCAGUGUUGCUUUGAGCCUUUACAUCACAGCAGACUUUUUCUGGCUUUAAAGUUGUUGCUUUUUAUUUUCUUUGAGCUGUGUUAUGUGUGAUAGAUGUAAGUGAAAUGGUUGUGAAAAAACCUAUUUGGAGACUGAUGUGAAAAAGUGUUGGAUAUCAUACACAUACACUGGGGUGACCAGGCCAACUUCUUUGGGGAAAAGGGCUGCUUAUUUACAAAACUUCUGUACAGACAUUAGUGGCUUUAUUUUCUAUGAUUUGGUGUACAGACUUCUACAUAAUGAGUGAAUGGGAUCAUUUACCAUAAGGCACACAUGCACACCCUUGUCCCCAUACCAUCCAAAUCAGGAAGUGCUAUUUAAAGCUGUCAGAAUAUCUUGGCAGUCUUUUUGUUACACAUAUUCCUAAAACACAACAUUACGAUCAAUAAGACUGAAGAACCAAAAUCAUUCAACCACGUUUUUACCAGUAAAUUCUCUGAGAAUUUAAAAUGUAAUCAAUCAGAAUUUUAAGCUUUAUAUUUCAACCAAAAGAAGCACCAAAAAUACUUUCCAAAUUUCUCUACAAUUUAGUCCAAAUCAAACACACCCAUCUCAAAACACAUGAUUAACUAAAUGACAAUAAUGAUUCAAUAGGAAGAAUGAUUCUAUAUAAAUUCUCAUGAUGAUUUGAAUUAAAUCAUCAUGAGAUGAUCAUCAUGAUUUGAAUGAUCAGCAAAAAAUAUUUGCUUUAUAAUAAAUUAGUAAAAUAGUAGUCAGUAGGUUGGAUAUAUCGUUUUCAAAUUCUCAAUUCUGCUUUCUUUAGCUAGAAAAAUCUAAUGUUUAUUUGAUUUAAUUUUUAAUAUGGAUGCUUGUUGUAAAGUAACAUAUAUCAUUUAAUUCCCCAUCUUUUAUUUUAGCUAGCUUGUACUUAAGCUUUUACAUUAAUUCCAAGUGUAACAUUUACAUAGAAGCUGCUCUGUAUAGAAGAUUCUUCUGAAUAUAUUGUAUUUGUAUAGAGAAAUGUAGAUAAAUGUGUACAAUAAUUGUAGAUUGAAAUUGUAAAAGGUUAUUUGAGGAUUGUGUAUGUAAAGAUGUUGUAACCAUGCUCCAAUGACCGAACUAACAAUCCCUCUAGUUCCUUUUACAAAUGCAAAACUGGCUAAUUUUAAGGACCAAAGGUUUUACCUUUACACACUUAAGGAAAUGGAAUAGUUCCUUUGUUUACAGUUGUCUCUCUUAUUAUGACUGUUUCUCUCAUGAAUUCACAUGUGGCUGUCCACAGCUGGGACUGAACAGUAAUUGUAGUUUUUAUCCUGCAUGGAUUUUUAUGAAUAAAAAAGUGAAAUCAGA